AAGAAAGAACGAACGGACGAACCACACGGGUCCUGUUUUAGGGUUGCCUCUUCCGGAGCUCCUGCGAUGGACACGCUGAUUCCCGAGAUUUGCCGGCUGCUCAACGACACCUUGAGUCCAGAGAAAGCCGUGCUAGCGUCCGCCACCGAUGGCCUGGAUCGUCUCUCGCGUUUUCCUCAUUUCCCCCUCUCCCUCCUCGCAGUGGCCACAGGUGGUGACAGCCAGGGGCUAAGACUAGCAGCGGCUGCUUACCUGAAGAACUUUGUCCGAAGUUGUAUGGAUGACGAUCCACAGUCUCUUGAACUUCAGAGGUUUCGGAACCAGCUAGCUCAGGCCCUGCUUCAAGCUGAACCUGCAGUUUUAAAAGUUCUAGUCGAAGUUUUUCGUCUGAUUGUGGUGAAAAACUUUGUGAAGGAGAAUACUUGGCCUGAACUUGUUCCCGAGCUAACAUCGGUAAUCCAAAGAAGCAAUCUUAUCAUCCAAGAUAAAAAUGCUCAAUGGAGUACCCUUAAUGCACUUACAGUGCUUCAAACAAUCCUAAGACCAUUCCAGUACUUUUUGAAUCCAAAAGUUCGAAAUGAAUCUGUACCAGUGCAGUUGGAGAUAAUAGCACAGGAAAUACUUGUGCCUUUACAAGCAACAUUUCAUGACUUUGUUAAUAAGACGUUAUCAUUUCAAGAUCCAUUUCAAGAUCAAGUACAAAGCAAGCUUGAGGAAAUCAUUCUUAUUAUAUGCAAAUGCAUGUAUUUUAGUGUAAGGUCAUAUAUGCCAUCUGCAUUGGGCCCCAUUUUACCUUCUUUUUGUCAUGACUUGUUUCGGAUACUGGAUUCAUUGAGUUUAGAUGGUGCUUCUGAUGAUGGAUCUCUGCUAAGACUGAAGAUUGCAAAGAGAGGUUUGAUAAUUUUUUCUGCUUUGGUGACACGUCAUCGGAAACACGUUGACAGGCUGAUACCUAGUGUAGUAGAUUGUGCAUUCAAAAUAGCUAAGCAGAGUGGUAACACAUGUAAUUUGGAUUGUAUCUCAGAGCGGAUUAUCUCCUUGGCAUUUGAUGUCAUCUCAUAUAUAUUAGAAUCAGGCCCUGGAUGGAGAGUUGUUUCACCCCAUUUUUCUUCACUGCUUGAUAAUGCAAUCUUCCCAGCGCUGGUUUUGAAUCAAAAGGAUAUCUUAGAGUGGGAUGAGGAUGCUGAGGAGUACAUACGGAAGAAUCUCCCUUCUGAUAUUGAUGAAAUUUCCGGAUGGGCUGAAGACUUAUUUACUGCAAGGAAAAGUGCAAUUAAUUUACUUAGUGUUAUUGCAAUGUCGAAGGGUCCACGUAUUGCCACUGCCACUACUAAACGUAAAAAAGCAGACAAGAGUAAAGGAAAACAAAAGGAAUCCUCUAUCGGGGAACUCUUGGUUAUACCAUUCCUGUCCAAGUUUCCUAUGCCCUAUCAUGGGGAUAAGGCCUCAUCAAAGAUUGUGCACAAUUACUAUGGUGUUUUGAUGGCUUAUGGCGGUCUUCCAGAUUUCCUGAGGGAGAGAAAUUCUGAGUAUACAACUACUUUAGUUAGAAACCGUGUGCUUCCAUUGUAUUCAUCAUGUCCAUUUGUUCCAUACUUGGUUGCCACAGCAAAUUGGAUAAUUGGGGAGCUUGCUUCCUGCCUUCCUCAGGCCAUGAGUUCAGAUGUUUAUGAUUCAUUGAUCAAGGCAUUGACUAUGCCAGAUAUAAAUGGUAUUAAUUGCUAUCCUGUCCGUGCUUCUGCUGCUGGGGCCAUCAUAAGGCUUCUUGAGAAUGAGUAUGUUCCUCCUGACUGGCUGUCCGUCCUGGAAGUUGUGGUUAACCAGAUUGCUAAUGGAGAAAAAAAUGAGUCAUCUUUUCUGUUUCAUCUUCUAGGCACUGCAGUUGAGGCUGGACAAAACAUAAUUUCUGCUCAUAUUCCAAUGCUCAUCUCUAGUGUGGUUGGUGCAAUUGUCAAUCACAUACCUCCAAUUCCGGACCCUUGGCCACAGGUGGUUGAGCGAGGUUUUGCUGCAUUAGCAGCCAUUACAAAGACCUGGGAGGCUUCUAGUGCAGGUGAAGCCCUGGAACAUGAUGACAGGAAGUGGGAGUCUGCCCAGGCAGUAAUUGCAAGGACAUUUGCAACUUUGUUGUAUCAGGCUUGGGCAGUGUCUGUGCAGUCAAUUGAUUCAGCAGAUAGAAGUACAUCACCACCUCUAUCAUGUUUAGAUGAUGCCUCCACAUUGCUUGGAUUGAUCUUGAAGUCUGCUACUAAAAAGAAUGAAAUUGAAGAAUUGAAAAUACCAGAGUUGUUAGCCUUAUGGUCUGACCUUAUAUCAGACUGGCAUGGUUGGGAAGAGAUGGAGGACUUGGCAGUUUUUGAUUGCAUUCAAGAAGCUGUCAAUCUACAGAGAAGAUGUGAUUCUACAAACUUCUUGUUGACAAGGAUAUCAUCUCGUGUUUCUCCUGGUGUGGACCAAUCGAUUAUUGAAGGUGUCUCUGCUUUUGUCACCAAGGGCAUUAUGGCAUACCCAUCUGCUACUUGGAGGGCUUGUUCAUGUGUUCAUGAAUUACUACAUGUCCCUUCGUUUUCAUUUCAGAUGCAAUGUGUCAAGCAGUCCAUUAUUACUUCGUUCACACAGGCAGCUUUUUCUCAUUUUAAGGAUUUGCGUAACAAGCCUACUGGGCUUUGGAAGCCUUUGUUGCUGGUCAUUUCAUCAUGCUAUAUAUUGUGUCCUGAAAUUGUUGAGCAAGUCUUAGACCGAGAUGAGGAUAAUGGCUUUAUGAUUGUUGCAUGCGGGUUGGCACAUGUCUCAUCAAGAUCUUUUGAUUCUGGUAUUUCAUCAGUAUCUGAGAUCAAGUUAGCUGUGAUUACACUGGAAAAGUUUGUUGAGCGACUUGUAGCCUUCCCAUUGGAGGAUGGCAAUAAGGUUUUGCAAGAUUGUCUUGUGUCCUUGAUGGAGGCAUUCCUGCAUCUUAAAGAAGUCGAGGAGAAAGAAGCUGAAGAGAGUGAUAGCGAAGUCAUAGAUGAUGAAUAUUCAGAUGAAGAGAUUAGUGAUAAUGAGGAUUCUGAGGAUGACGACCAAGAAGAGACACAAGAAGAGUUCUUGGAUAGAUAUGCAAAAGCAGCUGAUGAACUAAGUGAAGUAGUUGCAGGAGACAUAGAAGAUGGAGUCCAAGAUCUUGAACUAGGCCCGGUUGAUGAGAUUGAUGUGCGAGAAGAAGUUCUAUCCUUAAUAAGGAGACACCACCAAGUUCUCUUGAAGGGGCAAGUGUUGUCAUCGGGCCUCAUCCAACAGAUGCUUGAUGCAUUUCCAGAAUGCACCCCUCUAUUGCAAGUACAUUGACAAAGUCAGCUUGGGCAUUCUUGAAACCCAAAUCCAGAUGUUUGUUCUGUUCUCUAUAUAUGUUGUGUGACCCCUACUUAUUUUUGAGGAUGUCAUUUUAUUUGCCAAAUUCUAUUGUGAUUAAUUUUCUUUUUCUUCCUCCAGCUUGUUCUCUAUAUAUUUACAUUGUAUAUCGGGUUUCUCAUCGGUGCAGCUCUGUUCUUUCCUUUUUUU